UAAUUUUUGAAUUUGCUCAAGGUCGUGCUACGUGUAACGACCUUGAGAAUGAGGUACGCUAUCCUUGCAUCAGCAAGUUUGAUUGUUUCAUCCAUCGUCGUAACGAAUACCUAUUACCGCAAGAAACAGUUUUACCCUACUGUCGUGUACUUGACUAAUAAUCAGCCAUCCCUCUCUAUCCUCCUCUUUCAAUGUGUUGUUAUACUAUUCUUGGUCGUAAAAGCACUCACAUAUGCUUUCUUCGGUCGGCUUCAAAGAGCAGAAGUGGAUAAUCUUGUUUCACAGUCAUGGUAUGCUUUCUUCGACAUGUGCUUGGUUUUUGCAUUCUUCCAGAACGAAUUGGGAGUCGAAUUUCUUUUCUUGUUCGCUAUACUUUUAUUUGUCAGAGCCUUUCACUGGCUGAUCGAAGAAAGGGUCGAUUAUAUGGAAAGGUCUCCUGUCAUUAGUGUUCUGUUUCACCUUCGAACAAUGAUGCUUAUUACUCUUCUAACUCUCGUGGACGUAUAUUUCAUCAAAACAGCCUACUGGAAGCCUGCUACCCACGGAAUAUCCGUACAUUUGGCUUUGGGGAUAGAGUAUUUCAUUUUAAUAUUGAGUCUUCUAUCGACUACUGUACGUUAUAUUUUACAUUCGAUUGACUCUAUGCGAGAACAUUCCUGGAAUAAGAAAGCUACAUAUCUCUUAUAUGUGGAUAUUCUCAUUGGAUUUAUUCGUUUGGCUGUGUAUGUUGAGUUUACGUUCAUCAUGUGGUCACUGCAUCCGUUUCCUUUGUUUAUCGCGCGACCUAUCUAUCUUAGCAUCAGAUCACUAAAAAAGGCGAUUCGAGAUAUGUUGAUGUCACGUCGUGCGAUUCGAUACAUGAACACAGUUUUCCGCGAUGCCACUCCAGAUGAUUUGGCUUCCUCCUCAGAUACUGUUUGCAUAAUCUGUCGUGAAGAAAUGAAUCUUCAAACGGAUAAUACACCAUCGGUUGGGACUUCAGCUCUUAAAAGGUUACCUUGUUCUCACAUUUUCCAUUUUGGUUGUUUACGUUCGUGGUUUCAACGUCAACAAACUUGUCCAACCUGUCGAAUGGAUGUCAUUCGAGAAGCCAGAGUGCAAGAAAGACAGCGACAGCAACCUCAUCGUUCAGCAACCACCAAUAAUGCACAACCAGACAGCUCAACAACUUCUGGUCCAUCUAACUCAACUACAACAUCAUCUGUUGCAGCUAAUAAUCAAAACUUAUCAGUGCCAUGGAUGCCUCCUGCAAAUGCAUUCCCGUUUUACCCGCCAUUUAUUCCUCCUACAAAUAAUUCAACAACCACACAAGCUCAGACAGUCUUUCCGUCUGUGUCUCCUUUAUUCAUACCACCCUUUAUGGGCAUGCCCAUAAUAUAUCCUGGUAAGUUAGGUGGAAAGUUUAUUACACUUUUAACGGAACAUCCUAUUUAUAACCACACAGUUUGGAUGUUGUAUAUCAUUUUAAUUCGAUAUCGAUCUCGCAAGCUCAGUUUUCACUUUAUUUUUACAUUCAUACAGUUCUUUUUGAUGUUAGAACAGCUAAAGUGGACUGUAAUGUGUGUAAUAAUUAUCAUCAUGCAUUCUGUUCGUAUUUUUGAACUAUUCAACUUUCAAAGGAUAUUGUCAAUGUAUCUUGCACAAUCGGGGUCCUGUGUUUAUUAUCAGUCUUUUUUAAAACAAAAUAUGAAAAAAGUGACUGACAGACUUAGCUGUAUUUGGUUUUUGAAACAAUUUUUAUUAGUAUUUACUAAUUUCAUUCACAUGAAGAUUUAAAUUACCUGUUUUCAUUUAGGUAUCUCAACUUUCUGUAGAAGCAUAUUCUAUCUUGGGUAUCUGUCAUCGACACGACAUUUAUGGACGAUUAAUUCGAAACAGUAAAGUAUAUAUCCCCUAUAUUAUUAUUUGACCUUUUAAGUAAGAAGGGUGUUAUCUGAUUGUGCCUGUUAUGUGAUUUUACGAACCUAUUGACUGUUAGAGUAGUAAAGUUAUGACUGUAAUUGAUUAUUCUCUGACUUUUAAAAGAAUAAUUUAGAAAGCCAAGAAUGAUCAUUGAUCGUUGUAAACGAAACAUAUAGUUUAAAUUAGCGCACGGGAUGUUUGUAUUUCGAAUGUUACUUAGCCUAUGAGUACGGUGUGUGACUUUAUAGUAUUCUGUAAACUAGGCUUUUCUUAUUUUCUUACCUACCAAUUCGCAUUAAUGUAACCAUUGUGUCACACUCCGCUUAGGUAACUUGUUCUCUAAUGGAAAUACUCCUAUGCCAGAACCGCCCUCUGGACCACCUGAAUCAACUGAUGAAGCUCGUCUUCGUGCCAGUGCCGAAGCCCGUUUCACUGCUUUACGUCAAAUAAAUGUACUGUUGAAUGCAGCUGUCCUGCAAAUGAAUGCUUACCUCAAUGCGGCUAGCGCUCCCACAAGUGAAUUAGAACCUAUGACUUCUAUUAAUACUGUCCUCAACACCGACAAUGUAGGAUCAAAUAAUGAAGGAAAGGAAGCCUCAAAUAGUGAUGUAAAUUCUCAGUAAGCAGUUUUCUGAUUCACCUUAAUUAUUUCCGUUUGUAUCAUUACUAUAUCUUCCAAUUACCAAAGCAUUCUGACUUUUGGUCUUAACACGUGUUCAAAUACUGAAGCAAUUUUCAAAGUGAAUCUAUGUUUACUUUUUUGUAUAGUCCAGUUAAACUGGUUUUGAAUAGACUUCCAAAAUAUUUUUAUCCUGUUUUAUUAUAAGCUACAACUGAUACAGAUAUUGUUCACUGAAAAUUAAGUCACUCAUUUUAUUUAUAUACUCUCUAUGUAUAAUUCAGUCUAUGUAUUAUUAGGUGGUUUAGUUUCUAGUUGGUCCCAUCCGUGUGUCUUCCUAAAUUUGAAUAACUAACAGUGCCGGAUAUUCAGUCCUCCUUAGUGGUUUGUUCAUCUUGAAGCAUUUCGUUUUGUUAAUUAACGUGGGAACUGAUAGUUUCAUCUCACAUUCGAAACUGUUCUGUCAUUUAUUCAGUACAUCAUGUUUUCUUUCGAAAGUCCCCAAUGAUAUUCUGGGUAUUUGUUGAUUGACCGUGUUGGUUGGAUCCUUUUAUUAUAUAUAUAUAGUGAAGUUCAGAGCGAAUCUUACCAGUCUUGACCUAUUGUUUUGUUAGUUUUUAUAUACACGAUUAAGUGCACAACACUGCAAUGCAAAUAGUUUUCAUGUUUUCUCAUUCUUACAUGUCAUGUCCCGAAAGUCAUACAUUUCGUUUAAUUAGAACAUAUUUUAUGGAGUUUGAACUUUUAAUCAUGAAUUACCCAAUCGCUAUCUAAGCGGUUACCUACCUUUUUUCUAAUGUUAGGUCACGUGAGUUGGUUCAGCUGUUUAUUUACUUAUUCCGUGAUGAAAAUAUAUUAUAGAUAAUAAACUGUCUAAAGUGAUUAGUUUCAAUUCGGAGCCUAAUUUUUGUGAACUUUAAUGUAAAUAUCUGAUUACUGGAUUUUGUUGUAAGAAUUUACGUGAUUUGUUUAUACCGUUGGAGAUAUUCAGUGAUGUAUUCGUACUUUUAUGGAUAUUUAUUAAAUAUUACUUUAUUUUAGUUAUUUUUGUCGAGUUUCGUGGAAACCUGAGUACAUGUGUGUUCUGUAACAGUCGCCUUGAAAUCAUCCCAGUAAACUUAUUUUGUUUUGUUUUGUGACGAAUAAUAUUUAUACAUAUUAGUUCCCAUAAUGUUUCAGAUGUAAUACCAGGUGAAUCAGUGGUCAUUUACAAUCAUCAUUACGUCGGUUGUUCGUAAUACCUGUCUACCUAUCAUCUGACUAGUCAGUAGACAAAUUAUUUUCAAAUUAGUUCUGUGUUUCGACUCAUGGUUCGAGGUUUUUUUUGUAGUUUAACUCUUACAUUAAAAACUGUUUAGAUUCAAAAUUAAUCUUUCCACAUGAGGCGAAGAUUUCGGUUCACAAAAUGAAAUGUCUGAGGUGUCAAUAACAUCUGUCAGUGUUAGUCUCUCAUUGAUGCUGUCAUUUAGUUGGUGAUCUAAUAUUUUUGGUUCGCACUAUUUUAUGAUAGCAAAUCUACGUGAUCGCUAUUUAUGUGUUUCAUUUCUCAAUCAUAAUUUCAUUCUAUUUCAGGUUAGACUCCGAUGGUAAAAGUCCUCUUGUAUCAGGUAAGUAAAAGUUCUGUUCUAGUUUUGAUUUUUUUAACGGAACAGCUUUGGCAUCUUGAUAUUCGAGCUAUGGAAGAAAAAAAUUGUUCUCAUUCAGUCAAUCAGUCAGUCAGCUGAUUGUUCUCAUUACUUUCCAUCCCAUAGAUGCCUUCAUGAUGAUUAAAUAUGUAGUUGAAUUAAAACUAUUUACUUGUGUUUCUUACAUGUGAUGAAUAGAAAAUGAUAUGUUUCAAUCCUAAGAAAACUUUUCCGAAAAAAUGUUUUACGAAAUUAUCUUAGAAAACAACAAGAAAGUAAACAGCUCUCACAAUAAAUGACUGAAAUUGUGAGUGGAACACUAAGGCAUAAACCACCAGGACUGAUUAGUCUUUAGGAUUGGAUAACCUCUUCCGUACAACAUAAAGAGAAUACUUAUAAAUUAAUUUACCUCUUAGUUAAAACUGAACAAUAAUUUGUACGAAAACGUCAAGUAGGUUUCAAUCAUAGUUAAGAUCAUGUUAAACACGUUUUAUAUCAUUCUCUCAAUUUCAGACAUAAAGAAAUAGGGGGAAAUUAUUGUUCAGUGUAUCCUUAUGAAUGAGCCUCUAAGAGUGAUUUUCGUAAUCUCGAAAUUGAAGUUUUAUGUCUUUCAAAAAAUAAUGAAAAACCUUUCAUUGGAAAUUCAAUGUAAACAAAUUCUGGUAUGGUUUCUGGGAGAUAUUUCUGUUUCUAGACAAAAUAAUUUAAUAGGAAUAUGAAAGCAUCGAUUAACUUCAUUUGAACAAUCAUCAGGAAAAAAAGCUAUACAGUCACACAAUCUGCUAUCUUAUUUUUCAAAGUAACUGUAAGGCACGGAAUUUAAAAUUAAAUGACUAAGAUGAGUACAGAUAUUUUAUCACCGGUAUUCUCCCAUCAGAAGCUUGAAUUGGAACUAUUAGGGUGUGUUAACGAGCUAGGGUCAAUUAGAGUAGCUAUGAUAUGUUCCAAACUUCCACUAUUAUAUUUAAUAGUUUAAGUUUCUGUCACGUGCAUUGAAGGACAUUGUGGUACAUCAUAAGUCAUUGGCGUUACAUUAAAACAUGAUAAACAAACUAAACCAAUAUCUCAUUUCACUUACAUUUCAUCCUUUUGUUUUUUUCUCUUAAUUUGUAUUUUUGUAUCUAAAAGAUUCGGAAUUUACGGAAGUUCGUAAACGUAGACUAGAACUCGUUGAACGCUCAUCUGGAGAAAUCUCAUCAAAGUCUAACUCUGAAAUUAAUGAUGUGUCCAACUAAUCUUGUGACCUUUAUAUAUACCUAACUUUGAUAUUACUCAGUUUAUUCUGAGAUUAGUUUGUGUAAGUUGAAUUCUGUGUGGCCAUGUAUUCUUUCAGAAUUCUUAAAUAAAACGAAUGGCUUUCUAUAUAUUUCAGAAUUUAAAUUAUAUUUGAUGUAAUAUCGUUUCGUUAUAUUCUUCAAGAAAUUUGAGAUAUUUCUCUUCAUUAUAAUUAGCAAUAUGGUUUUUUUCAAUGUA